AUGCCUCCGAGGAGGAGCCCCCCAAGGCACCGCCACGAUGGGACGUCUCCUCUACCGUUGGGCAUGGACUGGAGCCCUCCUCCCAAGCGAUGGGUACUGUCUCUUCCCUCCUUUUAAUGUUCUUCUGAUCUGGAUCACUGAUAGGUAAUUCUCUUGAAAGGAUAUGUGAUAGUGCCCCCUUUAAACUAUUGCCCCUACUUGGUUUACGCUGGUGAAAUUUUUGUCCGAAUUCUUGAUCGAGGUUGUCUCUGAGGGUUCUUCUCCGCGGACACUGUUUUCUUCGUUCUUCUUCAUACUCUUAAGUGUGCUGGAAAUUUAAUCGUGAAUUUCUGAUUCAUGAGGCAUUUUCUCCCUUUCAUCCUCCUUUCUGAUUCAUGAAAGCUGAGGAUCUGAUCGUUUCUUUCACAUAGUCGGACGUUUGAAGAUUUAUCUGGUUCUGUACCGCUUUGAAGUCUUACGAUAUUUAUAGAAUCAGAAUGUCGUGUUAACUUUGUAAAUAUAUGUGCAAUUCUUCACCAUGCGCACGGAAUUUAUAUUUGCAGGUAUCUUUGUUUUUACUUCUGCUUUCAUUGUACGAUUGCUGUGCUUGUUAUAAGGACUGAGAAUUAUGUUUAUUCCCGAGUUAUUAAUUAAUGCCUCUAAGAAAGAAUGGAUGUCUUCUGGUGAAAAUAAACUCCUAAACUGGAUUACAAAUGGAUAAGAGAAGAGCUACUUUGUGUCAUAAGCUUCUAUGCAUAUUUCAUGGAAUUAGCUCAUCUUUUCCAACUAUUUGCCAGAAUAUAUAACAUAAUUUGUUCAGAUGGAAAUAAUAAUAUGACGGUAUAAUCACAUCUCCUAAAUGAUUUAUAUAUUUGAAAACAUCAAGUUAAAAAGAAUCUAGAGCAGUCCAUUUAUUGACAAUCACAAUAUUUGAUAGAAAGCUAUUUCCAAAGGGGAAAAACUGCCAAUUAUUUUAAUUUAUACGUUUUUGAAAUAGUAAUGAAAAAAUGAUAAAUUUAGCAAGUUCUCACGUCUUUUAAUUUUUUUUGCCAUUGUGUUUCCUGAAUUCCAUAGAAUGAUUUAAAGAUUGAAAAAACCGUGAUCCAAAUCUGCAAGGCUUUGUGCUUAUGAUGAUAUUAUUUUAUUUGUAGACUGGUAGAGAUACCGUGUGGCCUCAUGAUCCUCAAACAGGGUGGAGUUAUUGUGUGACAAUUCCCUCUUGGAUUGCGCAACCUGAUUUGGGGAUAUCAGAUGACAGCUUAAUCAAUCCUAUAGUGGUGAGUGAGGCCUUCUCAUCUUGUUCUUCUAUUUUGAUGGUUAUGCUAGUUAUGGCUAGCAUCCCAAAUUCUGUGUUGUUAUUUGUAAUCUUUUUUUAUGGACAAAUAUAUAUCAUAAACUAGGAAAUCAAAAAAGUUUUCACCAGACAGAUUUGUGAAAUAGUAGGCAAUUUCUUUCUCCACGAAUAAUUAGUACGUUGUAAAAUAUGGUCAUUGAUAAUUGAAGAGUGUUGUUAUAUACGUCACUAGAGAUGGAUAUUGUGUGCUGGCAAAUGAACCCAUAAUUCCCUGCGAAUUGGAAACCGACUAGCUUCUAAAGAAACGACUAAAGCACUUAUUCACAUUGUUAUUAAACAUUUGUUGUAGAUGUUUGAUACACAUGAAAUGUUUUAUGAGAUUUCGUAGUUUUAGUCAUGAUGUAGCACUGACACCAAAAAUGACCAACUCCCUGUCUGUUUUGAUUCGAUUCAUAUGUUUCUUAUCUUAAGCACAAUGUGAAAUUUGCUGCGUUUUGCACUGUACGUAGAACGCCUCAAACAUAUAGGUUAACCUGGAAGUCAAUCUUUGCUUUAACUGAAGACAUUUUUCGUGUUCAUCCAUUAUUUUUCUUUGUCGACUACACUGGCUUUCUACAUGUGUAAUUGGCAAGCUGAAAAUUAGUUAUGGAUAACUUGAGUUGGUGAAGGAUAGUCUUUGUGGACUUGACAUAUGUUUUGUGUGCAACAAAUGAAUUUGUAUAAUCAAAACUUGGAAGCAAUCUUGGAGAGUCACUUGAACCUUUGACCUGAAGAAAAAUGGAUAAUGAUGUGAUCGUCUGCCUUGAAGUUUCUUGGGGCAGGUUUGGAUACAAUUUCAUAUUCUCUUUUAGGGAAUUGUAAUAAGGAAUGGAGUUUGAAAAUUGACAAUGGUUGAUAUGUAAAUGAACAGAAGAAUUUAAUUGAUGAUUUUUUCGAUUCCUAGGUGGUUUUAUAUUAUGUACUUUUAUACUUGUCCAUAAGAGUGUCCAGUAUGUUUCAAUUCGGAUUGAUCAUCUAUAUUUUGAUGAAGAGAGAAUUUUAAACCUUUUUUUUUUACUUCAAAUAUUUCUGACCUUGUGGUGUCAAAACGUUAAUGCCACUUACGUAUUAUGACACUAUGUGAACAAUGAGAGUAUCUCAGCCUUAGUACCCAUUUACUUUCUUAUUUCUAAGGUUGGGAACAUAGCAAUAAUAAGCUGCUGGAUGGAAAAAGUGCACAAUCGUUUGAGGAGGGAAUUGCAUGUCUGUUGAAGAUCAAGUAAUUCUGGGUACAUAUGUGAUCCUACUUUGGAGUGGCACAUUAGAUAUAUUACAAUGCACAUUUAGCUUGAUUCAAUACAUACACAGAGGACAUUGUUACAAAAUAUACAAUAAGUAAAUGUCUGAAAUUUAUUAUCACCAUUUGUUGUGUAGACAGGUUUUGAAGGAAGGAGAAUGCCAGGAUAUAAAAAAGGUGCUUAUUCAUAAAAUGAUACGACUAUUGGUUAGGUGCCGUGUAUCUCAGCUUAAGAUGAUGAAGAUCGCUUCAAUGUACUCUCAGAAGAUCGCUUUAACAGAUUGGGCUGAGAACAAUGCGUUUGAGGUGACAUGGUUGAGGGUACUGAUCUGGGUCACUAGGAGUUGGAUGCCAGCGGUCAAACCCAUUGGAACUGUUUCGGUGUGAGCUUGGUUCAAUCCAGAUGUAGGGGUGGCAAAAUGAAUAGUGAGAUGAGUAUGACACAUGUGUGAGGGAUGUAAACUUGAUAUCAUGCUCCGGAAGGAGAGAGGUGUAGGGAAGAUGGGGAGCAUAGAGUGCUUUCAAGUUGAGUGCUUUGUUUUGAGUGGCUGUUGGAGUCAUGGUUUGCAAAAUCAGAGAUUAGACGACAAUCAGUCACAUUCAAGCCAGUUUUGGUGGGAAAGUCAUUUCCCCUUGAAAUGAAAAAGGCAAAAAAAUGCAUGCAGCUGAAACCAGUUUCUCAUGCUUGGACAACCAUUCUGCAUCUUGAUCUAUCAUUUCUUCUUGAUGGUGAACCACUGUUUUCCAUUUACAUUGCAAUCGACCACUGUGAUAAAGAAGUCGGAGGACCCUGGAAACAACCACCAUUGGCUUCUGUGAUGUGCUGUUACUUCUUGGUACUGGCUGCUGUCAUGUGCCAUCAGUUGACAGCCCCUGUGACCUGCAGCUGGUCUCUAUUCGGAGGAUAUGCCUUAUUAUGUUUGGAGGGACAACCAGAGUAGAGUGGGUGUAGAAAGGGUAUUGAUGUUCCAUUUUCUGAUUUCUUUUUGCAGUUUAAUAAAAUAUUUUUUUUUCUAAAACUUAUACUACCAUGCUUAGAUCUGCUGAUUUGGCCGAUCCAAUCUCGACUUAGUAGACCAUGGUGUGAACUGAUCUUUUUUAUGGAAAAGAAAGAUUUGAAUUCAGAUUGGGUAGGGCAGGUAAAACACCAUAAUAGUAGUUGUUUAAUGUUUUCCGUUCUUCGUUUACGUUUCAGAAUUAUUCUUGCCAAAGCAGUCAGAUCCUCUCCGCAGUAUACAUUGUUCAGAUGGUCCAGAUAGAUCGAUUGAUGUUUGAAUAACUUCGAGAGAGACGUUUCUGUUAUUAAUGUCUAUGGACUGACUUGACAGAUAUGUCUGUGACAUUAAUUUGUGUAGGUAGUAAUCUUUUCCAAUUUAAACAAUGAACAGUAUGUCUAUGGAGUGGAUGUUGCCUUAUAAACAGUAAAUGGGUGCUUGCAUACAGCCCAUAUCAUGUGUUGCCUACUUCAUCUUUGUCCUAAUUUCGCAUGGAUGUCCCUACGCCACUCCAGUACUUGAGUGACGAAUAGCAUCCUAAGAGGCUCAUAACGUCUUCUCCAGUUCUGAAAAUAUUCAUAACACCCUCUCUCCUUACCAUGGUCACCAUCCAGAAAAUUUCAGCAACCAAACAGUUGUUCACCUGGUCCCCAAACCAUUAUGGCCAUUUUAGUUUCUUGAUCUGCUUGUAAUCUCCCGGGAACUGUGAGGAAAUGCUGAUUUAAUCCAAGAUACUUAAAUUUGAAACUUACUUCGGAUUUCAAGACGUUUGUUUGGUAAAAAUCUUUAAUCAACCUCGACAUAUUUAUGACAAAGUUAACUUAGCGGUAAAAAUACCUUUUUGAACAUUUGCGCACAAAUUAUUGAUUAUGCUUUUUCCUAUAUUAGUCGAAUUUUAUGGUUGGGAAGACUGUUCUAUGUCAUUCCAGUAGGAUUAUAGAAUUAAAAAUUCAAAAGGUCUUUGUUAGGCCUUAUAAUUAGUCACUUCCACAGAUUUAUUCCAAAAUAGCUUUUAAAAUUCUUUUUCCUUAGACAUACAAGUUAUUAACUUCUUUUCCUUUGUUGUUCAAUUUUUUUUAAUUAUUCGGAGGACAGUUCUACAGGGUUCAAGUAGGUAUUCAAUCGCCUGAUGGAACAAGUUCUGCUCGUGGAAUACUUAGAAGAUUUAGUGACUUCUUGAAGUUGUUUUCUGCUGUAAGCAAAAACAUUUUGGUGAUUUCCAGUGAAUCAAUAAAUUCAUUUUUCCUUUAAUUUCUCCGGCUGAGGGAAAUAUGUAUCUUAUUGUCAUAUUGAGAUUUUUUUAUUGGCUCACUUGAAGUUGAUAGAAGAAUCGAGUGCCUUUCUCACAAGGGUCACAUUUUGAACUUCAUUGAUCUUCCUAAAAUGCCCUCUGUUCUGUGAUUGGUUCUCUGCUGUUGGUCUGGUGCAUGUGAAUCCACAUGAGACAUACAAAAAUGUGCAAUUUUUUGCUGCAUUCCUUUUUUAAGAAAAAUAAUUAUAUUUAAUCACACCUUCAGAGGGGUAAUCCUUUUUCAUUUUACCAGAUUGAUGGAGCGAUUUGGUGUUGUUAUUAAUGAUACACCUAAAACUAUAAUCCGCAGUUCUUUGAUUUAACCAUGUAUUUUUAGUUAUAUUUUAUGUGCGUCUGUCUAUUUAUCGAAAUCAACUCAUUGCUAUUGCAUGAGCAAUUCGUUUGUCUUAACUUACAUAUGCAUCUAAUACAAAGCUAGACUACGUCAAAUGAACAACCUGGUCCAACUGGAUUUAUUUAUCUUACUUCUUUUUAAGUUAUCGAAUUUGAGAUGAUAUCAAGUCAGUAAUCCUUCUAUCUAGGCAUAUGGAGGGAGGAAACUCUGAGCUACUAAGUUUAUGUUGCAGAACUGUAUAGAUCUUCUGGCAUAUCGAAUAACCUCCAUUAUUUAUUGUCGUAUGAUUAUAAUAUACCUGAUUUGUUCCAAACCUUCAAGGGCUAACAAAUAUCAGUCUCAGCUUUUUCCCCGUAUUGAUCUUGAGCCAGUCCCCCCUCCCCCUCCCCCCCCGGAUCAUUAGUUCUCAAAUCGUUUGUAAUCAUCAUAAAAAAGUUACCCAUAUUUUCAACACAAUAUUUUGCAGUUUCAGAUCCUUUAGACCACUCAGUACUGGACAAAUCAUACGUCAAACUAUUGGCAUCUUCCUGGACGGUAAGUCGCUUGUGGCCUACUUAAAUAUGGAAGGAAAAAUCGAGAUUGGACAUGUAUCCAAGCAAUAACUAAUUGCUCAACAGUAUCAACUGUUCUAUCGAUGCACAAGAAUCAUAUACAGUUGGUAUCUUUGGUUGUGCAUGACAUAGCACGAAGCAGCAUUUCAGUCUGCUUAGUUUUAUGUAAUAUGCUCUCGUCUUGCAUCCGUGAGUGUAUGCUAAACAUGCCAUGUUUCUUGGUAUUUUUCUUCUGCUGUCCCUUUUUAGAAAUCUUUCAAUGGUUUUCUCUUAUUUUAGAAUAUCCCUCGUGGUACUUUAAACUUGCCUGCUGAAUAAAUGUAAUAUCCUUUUGUCAUUUAUUCUCUUGAUGCAAAUGACUUGCUUUCUGUAGCUGAAGAAGUCAUUUCCCAAGAAAAGCAUUCCUCCUGCUCCACCAAAGCAUGCAUUAUUGAGAAUCAAUUCCAGUCGGCUCCUGUUAGAAGAGGUAUCUAAACUACCUACACAAGUCUAUCCAACUGCAUGCUUCAUUCACGUCUCUCUUUGCUUUCAGGAUGAAAUCUUUCACUUGGCUCAUUAAAAUUAUAUGUGGUUGAUCGAAAACAACUUGAAAACAUUGAUUGGACUUCUGUUCAUCCUGCUUAUUGUGUCCAUCCUGCAGUACAUUGAUUGUGGGGUUUAUACUUCAUUUAAAAGUGAUAUAUGAGAGUUGACUGUGGGGUUUUUAAUUUAUGUGAUAUAUAACUCGGUCAAUAUUGGUCCCUAGGAUCUUCAUCUGUAUAAGUAAUCUCCUCUUUCUCUGAUUGCACAACUUUUCCUAGGGGUUGUCAUCAUCAUCAAGCCUGCUUAAGCAUUCUCUUAGUUGGCCCACUUCCACUGCAAUUUGAGGUUUCUCGCAUUCUUCUUUCCUCUUUGGAAACUCAAGUUGAGAAACCUGAAUUCAACUUGAGAAAUCUUUUUUUUAAUUUUUUGAGCUCUUCUUUUUCCAUCAACUAAUAUUCGUUUCUAUUAGCUGGGAUAAUCGUUUUUCUUUUCAAUUAUUGAUAAGUCAAAAUCACCAUCCAUCUUCAGUCAUUGUAUAAGACUAAUUUUCUUAGCAGCAGAGUUUGAUAUUUCCUUUCAAUGCUGGAUAACUGGUGGCAUCGCAUAGAUAAUCAUCGCAUAGUUUUAUUGUAGUUAGUUUCUCUAGAAGCUCAACGGUGCAGAAUUGGAUCAGCUACCAUGGUACUCUUUGGGGGAACCCAAUCCUCACAAUGAAAGUUCCGUUUGAUAAUGAAAAGUCUGUGCACGAUUAUCUUUACCCACUUUCAGCAAUAUUUUUCUAGACCCCAUUCCCAAUAUUCUACUCCUGUAAAUGUUCUGCUUGAAUCCUGUGGAAGAACGGAUUUUCUGUUUGGAUAAAGAACUCACGAUUAGCGGUGAGGUGGUGACUGUGGUGUUGAUGAUGGAUUUUGUUUAGUCAAUUGAUCUUAAUUGUCUGUAUAGAUUUCUCUCCCCGAAUUAUUAGAUCGAGAAAUUUAUCUAUGUUUCGAUGUAUUAAUGAAGGGGGAAGGCCAAAGAGCUAGUAGGAAAAUCAAAAUUUCUGGACUUCGCAAAAUAAUUAGAUAAUAAUCAUUUUAUUAGAAAGACAGCCUACCUGAUGUGGUUUAAAGGUAUCUUAUUCUACGAAUUACUUGGGCGGUCUACUCUGUAGUUUUCUUGUUCCAGAUAUUAUUUGAUUUUUUUUUCAACGUGGAUAAAAUGGUUCCUUCCAAAAAAGUCAAUCAAAUUCUACCUUUAUUUUAAAAAUUCUUGGAUCACUUCAAAACAGAAGGAUAAGAUAUAAUUGUUAGAGAAAGUAUUUGAAACUUUGAUCAUUUGCCUGUAAAGCAAAUUACGGUCAGCAAUGAAAAGUGGUUACUGAUGUUCCUCAAAAUAAUUAUUCUAUUGCAGAGAAGGUACGCUUUGGAGGAAUGGAUGGAGAAGCUGCUUUCUGACAUUGAUUUGUCUAGGAGUGUCCACGUUGCAUCCUUUCUUGAGCUAGAGGUUGCUGCAAGGUCAUGUAGGUCUCUUUUGUCAAUGAUCAUGUAAAUGUAGCAUAUUUCUUACUUUUUGAGAUCUAGGUAAUAGUUGGAUUUAUAAAGUACGAUUUUUCUUGGCGUCUUAUUUAUAAGGUACUUUCAUCUUUUUAUUUUUACUUUUUAUGGAGACUUAAUAAUCAUCGAAGCCUUCCCUAUUGUUUGAUCUUUGUACCGUGAAAAGGAGAGUUUUGUGCAGUUUGAUGUAGGAGAAGUGAGAGAUGAGGACGUAUCAAUCAAAGUUUCUUUUAUGGCAAUUUAGUUAGCAUUUUCUGCCUUUUCUUGCAAUAGUGAAAAAUAUGACGGACUAUUGGAAAGUAGUAUAUUACAUGAUAACUUACUAUAUUUAACUUACUAUAUUUACUAAGUUAUCGAUUAUUGAAUUAUUGGGUUCAAUAGUUGAUGUAUCCUCAUGAAUGUGGAGAUGACAUGGUACUGGUCUUUUCCAAAGGCAAAAAAGUAAACUAAAAAAUCUAUCUAUCCUUUUAGCUUCAAGAAAGAAUGUUGUCUAGUUAUCAGUCACAUUCAUAGUGCAGUCAGGAUAAGGGCAUAUGUUUGAGAGAUUUUGGCCGAAAAGUGCAAUGCUCAAUGAAUUUCCCUUGUUGGGUUUGGCUGUGACUGCACCAGACCCACAGCCAAGGUUAAUUUUUAAAACUCCAUACCACAGUGCUACAUGGCCUUCAUUCUGACAGUCUAGUAUGACCACUCUUUUCUUCUGUAUUCGGACAACCAAUGGGUUAAAUGAUUUUCAUAUAUGAUAUACUUAAAUCAUUAUAUUAUAUGGUUUUAUCGAUUCAUCAUGUUUCCCCAAAUUCUAUCCUUUUUUAGUUUAACAUUCUAAACUGUUUGGUACUCCUUUUUUCAGCAUUUCGAGAUGCAAGUACGAGUAAUUUCGAAUCAAAUCCCUCUGAUAGCACUGGGUUAUCUACUAAACUUCGUGUUCGCACUGGUUCAAGCACUUCAAUUGGCAAUUCAAUUGCGUCUGCAGGUCAUUCAUUAGCAUCAGACUGUAGCAGUGAUAAUGCCUGUGAGGUGUCUGAGGCUGAAAGCCCAAGGCAUGAAAUGGCUCAUAAAUAUGAAGCAAACACUGAAGGUUCGUCAGUGGUGAGGAAUGACAUUCGCGAUGAUCUUCCUAGAGAAAUCAAUUCUAGCCAUCCAGAAGCAUUUUCUAAGCCUGUGGUGAAGACUGAAAAUGCUUCAAAGGAAGCGGUGUUUUUUGUCAAUAGGAUUGGUGAUGCAAAUGAAAUACAGCAUGACAGGCUAUCCAGUCACACUCGAAAAAACUCGAAUGAGAGUAUUACUAGUGAUAUUAGCUCUAUAAGAGGUAGUGAAUUACAAAAUGCUGGUCUAUCUGAUUCACUGGGUGAUAGUUUUGUCGACUUUUUGGAGGGGGAAGUUUCCGCCACACUGGAAGCUAUGACCAGAACGGAUCCCCUGUCUGCUAAUGAUAUGCGUGUUAUUUUUCCACUUGAUCAGCGACAAAAGUUAAAUAGAAUUCUUCUCACUAUGCAACGGAGAUUAGUCACGGCAAAAACUGAUAUGGAAGAUCUAAUAGCGAGAUUACAUCAGGAAAUAGCUGUGAAAGAAUACCUUUCAACGAAGGUAAUGCAUCUUUUUUCCAUUUUUCUAAAAUUCCAUUGUCUUACAACUAGUUGGAUUUUAUUGCUUAUUUAAAUGUUCUAUUGUUUUCAGUCAUUUGUUUCACUGGACAGGCUUCAUCAGUUGACUAUUCUCUCAGUCACUUUUCCGACAUCUAUUUCAUGAUUUAAUAGAAUCUGGAAUGUAUUCAUUGAAAAUUUUCCAUUUGUGUUUCUUCAUUCUCAUCCGUCUUCCCCCUCCCUCUUUGUUGUUUAUCAGUGGAGAAUUUUUUUGUUAGAUUCACAUAUUGCCGCUUAAUGUCAUUGUUCUUGCCAGUUCCUUUAGUAAGUUUGAUCAGGCCAUGGUGAUAUUUUUGUUUAGGUCAAGGAUCUGGAGGGGGAACUUGAAAGUUCUAGGCAGAAAAGCAAAGAAAACAUGCAACAAGCUAUUUUAGUAGAAAGAGAAAGAAUCACACAGAUGCAAUGGGACAUGGAUGAGCUUCGAAGAAAGACAUUGGAGAUGGAGUCUAGACUCUACUCUGAACAGGUUUUUGUCGUCCAAAUCACAUCCUCCUCUCCAUCCAAGAACUACCGCAUACAACUGAAGAACUUGCUUGGCUAUUCGGAUAUAUUCCAACUUUUUUUCCUUUUCUUGCUUGCAGAACGAAAGAGUGAGUGCAGAGUCUGAAAAAGCCGCUGCUUUCAGUGAGAGGGAAAUACUGGUACAGGACUUAGGCGCAAAAAAAGAGCAAGUGACAAAUUUACAAAGACGUUUGGAAGAGGUGGAGAUGAAAUCAAAGAGUGACAUUAAAGUUCUUGUUAAAGAGGUAAAAUCGCUUAGAAAAUCACAAGUUGAACUGACGGAGAAGCUGAAUAAAUCUAUCAAAGAGAAAACAGAACUAGAGGUAAGUUGUAGCCUUUUGGUCCAAAUGAUUAAGGAUACUGAAUUUAUUUGAUUCUUUCCUUCUUUUUUAUAUUUUCCCAUCUGUAUCCAUCUAUUGGUUCAUCUCUUUAUGUAUGCAUAGAUAGAUAUAUAGAUCUAUAUACAUGUAUAUAUAUAUCUUUAACUUGCUAAUUUUCUCUAAAUGGGUUGGAGCCUAAUCUUUUCCCAUGCGGGGUCAUUUCUCUGCAUUUUUAGAACUCAUGGAUGACUGAUGAUAAGGUGUCAAUGGAAUUAUAAAUAAUCAAGUAUGGUGAUUAUCAGCACAAAUAAUUAAAUAUAAUUCCACGCUGAACUCAAAAUAUGAGAAACUCACAGAAGAAGUUAAUAAAGUGGAUCAAUUUCACGAAUGGAGUGUAAUACAGUUAAAUCUACGAGAAAUAAAGCACGUGAUUCUUGCAGGGCCGCUCUUGUGGUUGUAGGAGGAUUGCUUGUUUUGAUGGAUAUCUGCAUAAAAGUUUCCUGUAGGAACGUCCUGGCUCUCCAACAUUUGAAUCCUGAAUUUCUUGAUUGUCAGAUCUUCAUGAUGGAACGUAGGCUUUUUAUAAUGUAUUUCCUACCUGAGAAGAUUGACGGGUCUAUAGUGAAGGUAAUGUGAGACAGCAAAAGAGGUUAUUGAUAGUGAAGAAUUUUUCAUUAUCUAUAGUGGUUGAAAUAGUGAGGAAUUUAGUAAUGAAAUUUCUUAUGCUCAGAGGCAUUGGUUGCUGAGUCAAAGUUGAUCUGGUCGGAUGAGUUUUUGAUAAUUAAGUCAAUUUUGUGGUAUGUUAUGAUCUGUUUUUGAUCUGAUAUGAUUUGGACCAACGUUGGACAAGCCAAGUAGACCAAUUAUGUGGAAGUAUUGUCCCUAACAAUAAACAUUAAAUGGGCAUUUUCUCAAAUAUUGUUGGAGCAUAUCAAAAGAUAGUUUGCAUAAAAGAAGAAAAUCACAGUAGUUUUCUUGAGUAGGGAGUGGUUGCAGAUGGAUCAUGAUGAUAGUAGUUUUCUUUCGUCUCCUCUUCUUCGUUCUUAUUAUGCUUCUCGUCACUGAUACUGCUUUCUUCUCCUUUCAACUUCCUCUUACUUUACCUGCUGCACCUAACUGUGUUCAUCGUGUAUAUCUCAGAGAGCUCUUCAGAAAGAAAAGGAAAAAUGGGAAGAUGCAAAAUUAGCAAAGAAGAACCUCCUUCAUGAAUGUGGAGUUCUUAGAGGUCGUCUCGAAGACUGCAAUGUGAAUGUUUUUCUGGAAGAGGAAGAUGAUUUGACAGUUAAUCCUUCAGCUUUACCUGAUUCUCUGGAUCUUUUAGCAACUUCAGACAAUCGGAUUGGCCUUCUUCUGGCAGAGGUAUGCUUAUUUGACUGUCAUGACAUGGUUUAGAUUUUUGCAUUCAAUUCCUCCCUGGGACGUGAAUUUUUCCAGUAGUAACUUAAAUAGAUAGAGUGAUCUAUCUAGAAGACUGUAUCACAGAAAACGACACAUGGUUGUUAUCCUUUUUGACAGCUGCAAAGGUUUUAUUUAUAUCUUUUUCACGUAAAAUACUUUCUUUAUGCAACACAUGGUUGUAGUAUGAUUACAAAGUUUCUUAAGAUUUGAUAGUCUUUAUUCAUUAAUGAACGGGAUUUGUAUUCAAUUAGUACAAUGAAGACAUCUUAAUACGUUAUAUUUACAAAAUUGUAUAUGCUCGGAAAAAAAGAAGCUAUCAUGAGAUCGAAUCAAGUUGCUAAUAGAACAGAUCGAAGAAGAUAAUCACAAAUAAAUGGGGUUGACAUCGAAACAUUUUUAUUUUUCCAGAAUAAGUCAGCCUUCCUCUCUUUCUGAUGAAGUGAAAGAGUAUGGGCUCGUAGUUUCUUCUUCGGCUCUCCAAUGUCCUAACAGCUUACCCUGAUUUGGAAUAAAUUAAAUGCUCAGACGAAACUGUCUGUUCGUUUGAAAUCUCCUUGUCAAAUUUGAAUGCCAACGUUUUACUGAUCAUCUAAAAAGAUUAUCUAUAAGCAUACACUGGCCCUUGCUUGUACAGGCACAACUCCUUGCUCGAGACAAUGGAGCUGAUGUUUCAUCUCUGGGAGAUGCCUCAAGCAAGGAACUUUCCAGGAACUCAUCGGCCAUGAAUGGUGAGGAUCUCAGAACAUCGGAUGGUGAAGUGCGGAAGAUGCUGACCAAUGUCUUCAUAGACAAUGCCAAGCUGCGUAAGCAGGUGAAUUCCAUCACACGUUGCGCCCUCAGGAUAGCAGCCAGAGCAGAGAAGGAAGAAGCUGAUGGAUCAACUCCGGUGAGGAAAACUGUUCUAACCAAGUUCUUGGAGAGAUGA